UGGUGAAGUGAGAGAGAAAGAGGGGAAGCAAUAACUAGCACUAAGUACGGAUGUACUGUGAUCUUGAAGGUUAAAAGAAACUCAGACAGGUUUUGUUCUGGUAUUUUUUCUCUACAACAAAAUGGGUUUAACGUCAACUGAAGACUCCAGCUAUCCAGCUGUCAGCAACCUGAGGAUUGUCCUGCUGGGGAAGACUGGAUCAGGAAAGAGCGCAACAGGGAACACCAUCCUGGGACGAAAAGAGUUUGAGACAAAGGACAUCUCUCUGACAUCCGUGACAACUCACAGCAAAAAAGCAACAGGACACUUUGAUCGAAGAACUGUGAGUGUCAUCGACACCCCUGGGGUCUUUGACACAUCCAUGACAGAGCUCCAGUUGAAAGGUGAAAUAGAGAACUGUAUUGCUCUGUCUCUCCCAGGACCCCAUAUAUUCCUGUUAGUGAUAAGACUGGAUGCACGGUUCACAGACGAGGAGAAGAAUGCCAUAAAAUGGAUAAAGGACAUCUUUGGUGAGGAAGCCUCCAAUUACAUAAUGGUGCUUUUCACUAGGGGUGACAUGCUCAAGGACAGGCCAGUUGAGGACUAUUUAGCCCAAAGUCCUGGACUCAAGGAGAUCAUCAGGGAUUGUAGAGCUGGGUACAUUGUGUUUGACAACACAUGCAAAGACAAUCGCUCACAGGUGGCUGACCUCUUUGAAAACAUUGACAGGAUAGUGCAGUUGAAUGGGAAUCAUUACACCAGCAGCAUAUACGGAGAGGUACAAAAAAAGAGGGAAACUGCGGAAUGGUGGAGGAAGUGUGGAGACACUGUGAACACUAUAAGUAAUUCUUUGGCUGCUGCUAAAGUAAUCGGAGGGUGGCUCAAACCUAAAAUAAAAGACACCUAAGUCAUGUCAAGCCAGGACCCUUUCAGCAAAUGUCUGAAGUCAUUACAUUUAUUGCCACUGAGAGCAAAUUCAUAUUUGCCUUUUUUAUUUUUCUGCAUCUUUCUGCAUUUUCUGCAUUCAACAUUUAGUUGCAUUGUUUCAUUGCAUUUGCAUUCAACACAUUUGCAUUUGCAUUCAAUACAUAUUAGCCCCAGCAGGUCGGCUUUGAAUGAUAAAUAAACAUGACAAUGAACAUUACAAAGCUUUAUAAAUAUUGAUGCUGUACACUUAUCCUGAAUGUCAAUUUGUAUGGAGAACAUUUCUGUAAAUUUCUGUUUGCUUUGUAAGACUGAAUUAAA